AUGGUUUUGGAACAAGGUAAAGCCAGGAACAGAGUCAAGAACGCUUCUUCCACAUUUGCUAAAAUGAUCUUGCAGUUGUUCUGUAUCUCUCUCUCCUUCUCCCUCUCCCUCUCCCUCACUCUUGCUGCUCCAGAUCUAUUGGUUGUUGCGCAAGAUGGAUUGGGAGAUUUUAGUAGCAUCAUGGAUGCAGUCAAUGCCGUACCGGAUUACAGCCCCAACCGCACCACGAUCAAGAUUAAGGCCGGCAUUUACAAUGAGUUUGUAUUCGUCUCUAAAGAAAAGUUGAACUUGAUGUUCAUUGGUGAGGGAGUCGACAGCACCAGAGUGAUUGGCAACAAAAGCAACAUUGAAGGAAUCCGCAUUUCUGAGAGCGCCACUUUAGCAAUUGAAGGGGACGGUUUCUUGGCUCAGGAUAUCACUAUCGAAAACACGGCUGGGCCAGAAGCAAGGCAAGCAGUUGCAGUCCAGAUCAGCUCAGACUACUCGGCGUUCUACAGAUGUAGGAUUGUCGGAUUCCAGGACACCUUAUACACCAAAGCCGGCAUUCAAUUCUUCAGAGACUGCGAAAUCUACGGUACAGUAGAUUUUAUUUUUGGGCAUGCUAGAGUAGUUUUACAACACUGCAACAUAUAUGGUAGGCAACCAAUUCAGGGUCAGGCAAUCACAGUAACAGCACAAAACCGAAACUCCUUAGAGAUUAGUGGCAUAGUCAUUCAGAGUAGCAUUAUUACUGCUACUGUAGAACUUCAAAACUCAUUGUUCCCAGUGAAAGUGUAUCUAGGAAGACCGUGGUCGAAUUAUUCGACCACUGUCAUUAUGCACAAUUACCUAGAUACCUUUAUAGAUCCAGUAGGUUGGUUAGAUUGGGACAACAGAUCUGCACUUGACACGAUUAAGUACAUUGAGUAUGCCAACCAAGGCCCUGGUGCAGAUACGAGCAGAAGAGUGAGUUGGAAAGGGUUUGAGGUUCCAAACAACCUUGUAUAUGCUGCUCAGUUUACCGCUCGAGAGUUUAUAGAUGGUGCCUCAUGGAUUCCUUCCACUGGCUUUCCUUGUGAUCUGGAUUUGGGCCCUACGAGCAGUUUAGGAGCAGACUUGAUACCAUCUUUUUGGUUGUUAUUGUUAGGAGUUUUUCUUUAUAUUGUACAACAGAUGUGGUAA